UCCAGAAACCUUUGAUAAAACAUAUUGAAAUACAAAACUAAACUUUUGUUUACUUUUAAAAAAUGUUAAAGAAAUCUAAAAAUUCUAAAUAUCCACCUCCGCCUUCUCCGCCAACAGUUGAGCAAAUAUUGAAAGAUAUGGAAACUUUUCAUGUAGACUUGAGUGCCGAGACUUUAAAAGGACAAUCGCCCAGUAAUGAUGCACAACACCAGGAUUGGUGGAAUCGCUUCGAAAAAGCAGUUGCUGAUCACAAAGACUUGGUAACGCUUAACAGUGAAAUACGGAAUUAUCAGCUUAAGUUAGAAUCUGCAAAAAUAGAACUGGAAACUGAGGCUCAGUUGCUUAAGAAUGCUAUUCAGGAGCAAAAAGAGAAAAUUGAUGAAGUUUUGUUAAAAGAAAGUAGUUGAAAUUAUAAAACCAAUAAACUAAAUAAAAGAAAAACAUUAAUUAGAGCGCCAUAA